UACUGUUUAGGAAGUUCGUUCAGCGGGAGCUUAUAGAAACGGAACAAAAACUGACGUUUCCCCUCGGUCGGAAACGGAACAAUGUGAUCCAUCUUCGCCGGAACUGCAAAAAUGUCCGAAAGUCGUAAAGUGUAGCAAAGAGUGUUGUAACGGUUUGAGGUUUUACUUUGCUUAGGACACUUCUGUCGCUUUUUUAAACUGCUCUGCACUGCAACACGGGAUCGGACAUCUUGGAUCAGCUUUUUGCAUCUUCUGCGUAGUACAAUGGCAUCAUACGGAACCGGUUCGCCAGCAGCUGCGAUGUUCAAAAACCCACCAACCGCGCUUCAGUUGCUGCUGGAGGAAAUCAACUUUCAGCGUACCAAGGAAAUGCGCCAGCUGCUGAAGGAUGAUGGCGGUUUCGUGGUGCUGCAAGGCACUACCUACUGGACGGAUCUCUUCGUACGGCACUUCCUGUUCCAAACGGAAAAAGUACACAGCAUAGACUGCGAUGAUUUGCUAUUCUUCGUGCGCAAAAAGCACGUCAAAGGAUCUUCCCGAGUGAUGCCAAAGUACGACACGGAGAUAGAGGUAUUUCGCAAGGAUUCCCGCAAGCUUCCGAUCGGUGAUCCGGACGUAGACUGGGAAGAGACCGUGUAUCUCAAUUUGGUGAUUCAUCAGUUCGAUUACACGCUAACGCUAGCCAUCUGUACCAGAACGUCUCCGAAGGAACUGCAGGUGCUGAGAAGACACUCGCAGAAGGUCUACGCGUCGCCCAGCCGGAGAAAGAUGGAUACCAAGGGGGAGAGUGAGGAGAUCACGUACCCGCACAUUUGCUUCAUGGUGGAUAAUUUCGAUGAGGUGUUCCACGAUAUCUUGGUGCGUGACGGGGAGAUGGUUUGCGUGGAAUUGGUGGCUUCCGAUCGGGAUGGAAGCGUGCAGGGGGUGAUUUUUCUCGGAUCGAUACGUUACGAUGCACUGAAACGGGUUUAUGACGCUCGGCAAUCUAGUCUUAGUUCGAAGGUAGCACAACGUAUGUCCUUCGGUUUGUUUAGUUCCGGAGGACCGCAGACCCGUUGCGAGUUCGUGCGAAUGAAAGGACCGCAAGGGAAAGGUCAUGCAGAGAUGGCUGUUACCAAACCGAAGGGAUCCGGUGUGGAAACUCCAACAAGUGAACCUGGGUUCUGUGCUACAGAUAUGUGGGACUCGAUGUGGGAGGAAGACUGCGAUGAAUACUACAACUAUCGGCAUCAAAGACGCCUGAGUGAUCCUAGUGCGAAUCUCAACAAUUUCAAUCGAUAUGGUUGGCGUACAAAAACUACAAAUGAUUCUUCGUACGGUGGCAGUAAAGCUCGUUCGGAAAACGAAGGGCUUGACUGUUUGGCCAACGAAGUUUCCGAGAUCGAAGCGGGUGAUUUGAGAGAUGAUCGUCCUGCUUCCUCGGUGUCCGAUUCGAAGCUCGCUGCGUCUGCCGCCACCCACGGAUCGUUGGGUAUGGUUGCCCAUCGUUCCACCGUGGAAACACGGAAAACCAGUCGUAGCAGCUGCUGUAAUUGUUUUGGGCCACGCAAACGUUGGAGUGACUCCGCUUCAGCUCAGAUGUCUGACGUGUACUACGUGCAGUGUCCCAAAUGUGAAGCUGAGGCUCUGGAGACGCACGAUUCACCCGCUUGUCUGAGUACGGUUUCCAAGGGACGGGUAGCCACCAAGCACCGCAGUUUACUGAUAGUGGAGAGUGAGAUUGAGUUCGGGAAUGAAAAUGGUAAGAAGAAAACUGUUGUCCGAAGUGGAAGUUGUGGUUCGGAGAGGAAGAAUCCCAGUAAUGAGAAGCCGGUGUUAUCGCCCUGUCUGAAAAAGAAAAACGAGAACAAUAAUAGACGUCGAAAAUCUCAGGAGGAAGCGGUCGAGUUUGAGAUAGCGGAUGAUGCUGUCUCGUUAAAUGGUGACUUGAGUGAUGAUGUCGUAAAAUUUGGAGUGAUGAACGAGUACGAUGCACAGAAGAUGAUUCGUGUGAACGGCCGGGAAGAGUUUCCUGCCGAAGAAACCAUAGGUACUAAAAACAAAGCAAUAGCACAGAAAAAAGUAACUGAUAAAAAUGGAAAGCCAACCAAGGAAUGUAUUAAAGAACGUAAUGGAAAGAACUCUAGCAAAUCGCCAGUUCUUUCAGUAAACACAGGCAAAAGUAGCAAUUCUACUAGUAGAUUUUCCCUCAUCUAUCGCAAAAGUAGCAAUAAAUUAGCGAUAAAGAACAAAUGUGCUUCCGUGGACAGCAGUACUGAAAACGCCAACAACAAGUCAAUAAACAAAACUAGUCACAGUAAGGAGGAUGUGAAUGGGAAUACGGGCUGCAAAAGUGACCCGGAACGUUCGGAAGACCAAGAAUCGUCGCCUGAGCAAGACCAACUGGACAGUGCACAUAUUAUUGCGGCACUUCGCGAGCUACGGACGAAGAAAGCAUGCUCCACGCUACCGAAGGUCAAAAAAUUAAGCUACAACAGUUUCUAUUUAAGACCCCACCACCUUGGCAGUCGAACGACCGAACAGGUGCCGAAGCGACGUACGCCGGACGGAACCGAUAUCUACUAUUGGUGCGAUUAUCAUCCAAAGAAGGGAAAAGAACUGGACGACGGAGCCUACAAUCCGCUGUGGACAACGAAGGGUUUCACGCAGACAUUCCACUUUUGGAAGGAGAACCGUCGUCAGCAAUCUACUCCACUAAACGCAUUCCUAACAUACGUAACGCUGCCUUGGUGGAGCAUAGCUAAAGAUCUUCUAGAUCAUCGGGAACAACCCAUCCUGACAUUCUAAAAGGGAAGCUCUCGUUAUAGAUUGUUAGCAGCCACUGUUGUACUACACUAGUAAUACUACUUAAUUCUACCUUUCAUAUUUUACUGCGAGCAGAACAACUAGUAACCAGGCUUAUACCGUGCUAGCAGAACAAAAGUCAACACUACUUAGUAUUACACAGCUCUGGAACAUAAUUCCGUUGUUAUCGAGGACAACAUUUCACUGUGCUCGAUCAAGAUUAUUCUAUAGCUAGGAUUAUUACAUCUGAUCUACUUUUCCAUCAACAAGUCAUAUUUUUGCAAUCAUUCUUCAUGUUUUUUGUUGUUUGAAAAUUUGCCUGCAAAGUGUUGUCACGAUUGAGGGAUCGCUUUAAACAUGCGUGUCAUAGACUUGUUCGGAUACUUAGAAAUAACGUGCGACAAAUAUUGUGAUUUUCUUUUAUAUUUUGUGAUCCCCACUUAUACAUGCAACUACAUAUUAUAAUCUCAUGAACUUUUUUUAAACACGUACACCAAAAAGACGCACUAGGGGGGAUCUCCAAGAACGAGUCGAAAGCCAGGAACAAAAUAUAUU